AACGAUUUGGAUCCCACGUCUCAUUCGAUCGAUCCUUGCCUGCAAAAACGGCCAGUGCUACCGGUAUAAGUACUGCACCUGCCCUCAGUGAUUCACCGCCGACACUUCGACUCAAUCCAAACCUCGAUACCCUCGAGAUCGUCUUUUCUUCUCCCCAAACCAACCUUCGUUAAAAUCAAUCACCAUGGCUCUUCCUAUGGCACCACCCCCCAAGAGCCCCUUGGGCCACUACCGACUCUUAUCGCCGUCGGCUGCGGUGCGAGUCUCCCCCCUCUGUCUGGGUACCAUGAACUUUGGCAAUGCCUGGAAGGACUACAUGGGAGAAUGCGAUCAAUCAACCACCGAGGCAAUUCUUGACUUUUUCUAUGAGCAGGGAGGAAACUUUCUUGACACUGCCAACAACUACCAUUUCCAGGAGUCUGAGAAAUGGGUGGGAGAGUGGAUGAAGAAGCGCGGAGUCCGCGAUGAGAUGGUCGUCGCUACCAAGUAUACGACCAACUUCCGGGCUGGUCCUAAGGGUCCCAACGUCAUGGCCAACUUCACCGGCAACGGCACCAAGAGUCUCGUCACUUCAGUCAACAGCAGCCUGAAGAACCUUCAAACUGACUACAUUGAUCUGCUCUAUGUUCACUGGUGGGACUACAGCACCAGUAUUCCUGAGUUGAUGCAGUCGCUCAACCAACUGGUUCUUUCUGGCAAGGUGUUGUACCUGGGCAUCAGUGACACCCCAGCCUGGGUUGUGAGCAAGGCGAACGAGUACGCUCGCAACAACGGCCUGCGCCAGUUCUCAGUGUACCAAGGCCGCUGGUCCGCGGCUUCUCGAGACUUUGAGCGAGAAAUCAUCCCAAUGUGCAGAGCUGAAGGCAUGGGAAUUGCCCCUUGGGGUGCCCUCGGUGGCGGCAAGUUCAAGACCGAGGAACAGCGCAAGGCCCAGGAAGGGCGAAAGGUGGAGGCGAGUCAAGGAGAGAUCAAGACCAGUCAGGUGCUGGAAUCGAUCGCUGACCGUAAGAACUCGCUCAUCACCAGCGUUGCCCUUGCAUAUGUGAUGCACAAGACACCCUACGUCUUCCCAAUCGUGGGCGGCCGAAAGGUUGAACAUCUCAGGGGCAACAUUGAGGCUCUCACUCUCGAACUCACCGAAGAGGAUAUCAACGAGAUCGACAGUGCCGUCGAAUUCGAUCCGGGAUUCCCUCACAACUUCCUCCACCGUCCCGGACAGGUGAUUGGAGGCCAGGAUGUUUGGCUGCUCAAGAUGGGCGGCACGUUCGACAACGUCCCUCCCCCUAAGCCUAUCUCUCCAGCCAAACGAGGGGAGUAGAGUGCCCGUCUCAAGGCACCUUUUUGGAGAUGGGUACCAACCCGAUCAAUGCUGCCAACAUGGCGAGAAAGGAGCGGUGUUUGGGCGAGGAAUGUUUGGUAAAGGCCAAGCACCGCGCAAAAGAAUGAGGCCGCAAAACUUCUACGAAAGGGGGCUCGAUGGAGAAUAGCGAACGAUGGGGUCAGUGGAGGAUGACGGAGGACGACGGCAGAAAAUCCCAUCUCACUUGCCACAAAUUCUUAGGAAGUAGCUCUCGGCUCCUUUUUAAUAAAAGUAUUGAGAAUUACUUAUCUCACAAUUGAUCAGUACCAAUAAUUUGACCCUCAAGUCCUUGGUGG